CUUGUCCAGUCACAAGCUCACAGUCUCUUUGCCCUGCACCCUCUCCGUUCCUUAUCCCUCUUGUCUCACUCUCAGAAUUUCUGAAUAGCCAGAAAGAUAUACUUCUGCUUUCUUUUACAAAGGAUACCUGCACUCCCUUUCAGCAUGGCUGACCGCACAGUUCCCCACGCAUACCCUAUGAGUGUUAAUUAUGAGAUGUGCACUCCUGCUCGGAUAUAUGACCAGAACUUUGCAGAAGCACUAAGUCCUCAGGACCUGAUGUCUCCGGUGCUAUACCAUGGAUACUACAUCCGUCCACGUAUUAACAAGCAGCUGGAGAGGGGUUUCUCGCAGGUGGACAGCGAGGAUGACUGGUACCGUGUUCUCCUAGACGUCUGUCAGUUCACGCCAGACGAGCUGAGUGUGCGAACUGUAGACAACCUCCUGGAGGUGACUGGGCGCCAUACGCAGAAGAUGGACCAACAUGGCUUUGUUUCCAGAGAGUUCACACGCACCUACAUCCUUCCUAUUGGUGUUGACCCACUGCUGCUGCAAGUGUCUAUAUCUCAUGAUGGGAUUAUGUGCAUCCAGGCACCAAGGAAGGUCCAGGAUCUAGAGCCUAAAAUCAAUGAGCUCAAGAUCAAAGUGGACAAGAAGGGAGGGAAGAGCUGCUAAAGUGGACUGCCAAGUUCAAAUUUUUUUUUU